CGCGCGCCGUGAUGUAACGCGCGACACGCGCUAAAUCUCGCUCGUGCUUCGGUGCGCGCGCCGCAUGGAUGUAGUGCGUCAGUUUCCUCAGUUUCCAUUUCCUUCGCCUUUCACGCUGAGCGCCGCCGGACCGAGCCGGACCGAGCACGCUAAGCCGACGAUGCCCCGCACGUGGUGCUGAAAUCUCCUUCUCGCGCAUCUCCUCUCUUUUCUCUCCAUCCCUCCUCUUCUUCCCUCCUCCCUCCCCCCCUCACUCUCCCUCCACCGGUCCCCCUCUCUCUCUCUCUCUCUCUCUCUCUCUCUCACACGCACACCAUCCUCUGUCAUGGCGUCUUCCAACAAUGUUACCCCCACCAACUGUAGCUGGUGGCCCAUCUCAGCCAUGGAGGAAGACGGCAGGACCCCGGACGGGGAGGACGGCCACGAGCCGGCGGCCGUAGAGCACAAGCCGUUCUCCAAAGACAGGCUGGUGCUGUACCACUGGACGCAGUCCUUCAGCUCUCAGAAGGUGCGUCUGGUGAUUAAUGAGAAGGGUCUGCUGUGUGAGGAGCGGGAUGUGAGCCUCCCUCUGACUGAGCACAAGGAGCCCUGGUUCAUGAGGCUCAACCUGGGAGAGGAGGUGCCUGUGUUCAUUCAUGGAGACACCAUCGUCAGUGACUACAACCAGAUCAUCGAGUACUUAGAGACCAACUUUGUUGGGGAUACAGUAGCUCAGCUUAUUCCAGAUGAAGGCUCUCCCAUGCGUGCCCGGGUACAGCAGUACCGAGAGCUGCUGGAUGGCCUGCCUAUGGACGCCUAUACGCAUGGCUGCAUCCUCCACCCUGAACUCACCACUGACUCCAUGAUCCCAAAGUACGCCACUGCUGAAAUACGUAGACACUUGGCCAACGCAGCAUCUGAACUGAUGAAGCUAGACCAUGAGGAACCACAACUGACAGAGCCAUACCUUUCCAAGCAGAAAAAACUCAUGGCAAAGAUCUUGGACCACGACAAUGUGAACUACCUGAAGAAGAUCCUUGGUGAAUUGGCAAUGGUGCUAGACCAAGUUGAAGCAGAACUUGAGAAGAGAAAACUGGAAUAUCAAGGUCAAAAGUGCGAACUGUGGCUUUGUGGACCUGACUUUACACUAGCUGAUAUAUGUCUCGGGGCCACGUUGCACAGGCUCAAGUUCUUGGGACUCUCAAAGAAAUACUGGGAGGACGGGAGUCGACCCAACCUCCAGUCGUUUUUCGAGAGGGUGCAGAAGCGCUAUGCUUUCCGCAAGGUGUUGGGAGACAUCCACACUACCUUACUAUCAGCAGUUCUACCCAAUGCAUUCCGAAUGGUAAAAAAGAAGCCGCCGUCCUUCUUUGGGGCCUCCUUCCUAAUGGGGUCCCUAGGGGGGAUGGGCUAUUUUGCCUAUUGGUUUUUAAAAAAGAAAUACAUGUAGUGAAUGCCCUCCUGUUGUGUUCUGUAUCUGUGUAUUUGUGUGAUGUUGCAACUUUUCUGUACCAGAUGUUUUACGGCAGCAAGAGAAAUAUGCUGCGCAGAGAAAACACUAUUAUCUGGUUGAACAAAGAAAAUAAGAACAUUCCAUGACAAGGAAUCCUUCUUAACAGCACAUUCUCUGGUAAUCAAUGCCUUCAUUCCUUUCUUUUUCUAAUUUUGUUUCCCCAAGAUUUACCAAAUAGGUCAUGGAUUUUCUUUCAUUUGUAGCUUGCCUACAGCCUGAUUAUAGUCAGCUAAUUAAAAAGUCACUACCCAAUUUAAUAGCACUACAGAUUCCUCCCAUGUGGGCUGUUUGAGCAUCAUAUGCCUACCUAUAAUAGCAUGAAACCCCAAACACUGUAGUACCUGUAUCAUAUAUUUUAGGCAUUCACCUUUUGCACUUUAAUCUACUGUUGAUUUAGGGUUUCCCAUUCAAACCCUGACAAUUAAAGAGAUGCUAUUUCUGCUGCAGCCAGAUACUGCCAAACUUAAUAUGAAAUUCACAUUUAUUCACACUCACUCAGUGUAGGUCACAGCACACAGACACUUAGAAUUUUCUUUGGUAGAAUGUAACUCAUCAGCAUUGGCAUCUGGAUAAAUGGAGACUGAUGGCUGUCUUGUACUUGUAGAGAUCACUAAGGUCAUUAAAAAGUACUAGUGCUGAGUGCAUAAUAAACUGUGGACAUCAAAAAA